AUUUGUGUUGCUACUAUUGACAAACGUUUCGCCCUUAAAUUUUGUGUGGAGGCAGACGUCUAGGAGGUUGAAUCCGUACAAUCAUACACAUAUAGUGUGGUGAAGUGUAUAGCACAAAACUCACUCAUUCCGAGUUUCAUUCAUUCUAUGGUUUCAGCAUGGGUCUGUCAAACAGUAGGCAAAGGUAUCAUGGGGAUUUGGAGCUGCUCCAAGAUGCGCCCAAUCAACACCAGAAUAACGGUGAUGAGAGCAAUACUAACAGAUUGAACGUUCGAAUGAACGCGACUGCUAUCGAUGAAAAUGACAGCUUUUUCGACAAUUUGAGUGGCAUUCUCAAUGCCAGCGCCCCUGGACAGGGGUCCACUGAUGUCCUCAGUGGGAGAGAUGCCUACUUGUUUUGGAUAAAUCGUGUGGUUGGGUCAGCGCCUCGAAUUAUGAAGACCAAGACCGUUCUGAGUAGAGUGGCGAUAAACAAGUCGUCGAUUAGACUCAUAAGGAGGGCGAACACUCCCUCUAUGUACGACGUCGAAUUCACGUUUGACGCAACCACGGAUUGUGUGGUGAGUGUUGCCUAUUGCGUAGAAGAAGUCAGAAAGGAAGGACGUUUACGGUAUGUGAGUCUUCAAUCUGGAAACUGUCUAGAGGUGCCAAGCUCUGAUGAAAUGUCAGAUGGCAAUGGGGGUUCGGAAAAAAAGGAACUCAUGUAUAGCUCAGCGGGAGUUGACAGAGCUACAUUUUCCCCUAAUUUAAAUCAGAGCUUUAGUACUGCUGGAAUGCAGGGACUGGAUAUAUCCUUUUGUGUGCAAAGUACGCUUUACCACAGUCUAGAAGGAGAAAAAUCACAGAUUUGUCGAGAAGAAAAUGCCUCUAUGCAAAGUUCUUUAAAAGAAGAAGAAAUUAAUAGCUUGUCUGGAUUGAUGGCGAGUUCGAAAGUUCCAGAAGGAGAAAGCGCGUCGACGGCUGUUCUGGAGCAAGCGACUAACACGGAACAUGAUGGUGAUCCCUCAGAUGGAAAAAGAAUCAUUCCAGUCGUCAUUGUCAUAGAACCUGUAUAUUCAGUCAAAGAACCAAAUUCACUCAACAUCUUCAAAAAAAAAAUCCCUAGAGAUACCAUUUCAUCUGAAAUCAUUUUAUUGGAACUGAGCAAGAACAAUCCGAACUACGACUGCCACAUCGCCCAACAGAAAAUAUUUGUUAACGGUUUCGUAUAUAAUGUUCAUGAUGUGUAUGGAAUCGAACAGAGUUUAUAUACUACCGAAGAAAAAGUCCUGGACAGUACUUACACAGGGCCAGAUGAAUGUGUUAUCUGUCUCGGCGAGCAUCGUAAUACGCUCGUCCUUCCCUGCAGACACCUAUGUCUGUGCGAAGAUUGCGCUGAGACAAUAACAUACCAUAGUACGAAGUGCCCUAUCUGCCGCGGUCCACUGCGACUGCUAUUAAGGAUUGAAUUCAAUGACGAAAACGGAACAGGAAAAGAAUACAAAUCCACGCCAGCUUCUCGAGCUAUGAAGUGAGACUCUAAGACUCGUUGAUAGCCCUUCUUUUUUUUUGUACAUAUACGACAAAUGUGAGUGAUAA